AUGUUUCUGAUCCGUAGAUAUUCGGAAUUGCUCAUUGAGCAUCCAGUGAAAACAAAAUCGAUAUCGUGUGGUAUCAUUACUUGUUUGGGUGAUGCCAUCACUCAAAACAUGAUUGCAAAAUCAUCUAAAAACAAUUCUCAUCAUGAUAACACCACACAACAACAUUCCCUCGUUCGGUCUCUCAAAAUGUUCGCGUACGGAACCAUUGUCUUGGGUCCUAUUUUACACAAUUGGUUUCGUAUCAUGGAACAUGCCUUUCCGUUGCAAGCUACCAUGAAUGCACAGGAACGAGCCCGAACGGUUGUCAAACGAGUUGUGACAGAGGCUUUUUCUUACUCACCUGCAAUUAUUUCAACGUUUUAUCUGGUGAAUACGACUGUAGAUUAUUACAUGCCAGAUUCCAAAACGCCAUCUUACAUGGAUGAUUUUCGAAAGAAUGGUGAAUCGUUGUGGCAAGUCUUAAAAUUUAAAUUUCAAAAAGAUUUUCUAGCCACUUAUGACGUUAGUUUGAAAUUGUGGCCGUUUGCUCAAGCUAUUAAUUAUUAUUUGAUACCUCCUAUUUAUAGGGUUUUAUUUGUAAAUACAAUAGCGCUUGGAUGGAAUGCUUUUUUGUGUAAGAGACAACAACAAUAA